AUGAUGCUGCGAGCUGUGCCAGUGAGCACAUUGGCCGAGCUGUCCAACGUGGCGAGUGAAAUCGAGGGUGAUUACGCAAAUUUGCAAGCUGGUGCAUUGGGAGGAAAGGCGGCCCAGUCCUCUUUUGUGAAAAAAGAGGUCGGCCAGUCACGAAAUUCUGACCAACCACCUAGACAGCCAAAGUGUUGGACUUGCGAAGGAGCCAUCACCAGAGUCAAUGUCCGCUGA